GCGUUGUUACAAAUAGAUGUAAACUUCCGGUGAGGUGACACGGAUCAUUCGAGGCUCGGAUGAUCAUUAUUACCAAGCUUUCUUUGAUUUCAUCACAUCAGAUCAUAUUUAACAGUCCUCCACAAUGUCGGCGAAAGCUAUCUAUGAAGCCAAAGGAAAAGAUCUGCUGAACAAAUGCUUGACAGCUGAAGCCGUGAAAAACAGGUUUGCUGUUGUCACGGAAGCUGUCAACUGGGACACGCUGACAGCGGAUAAUCCCUGGCUCCUGUCGGAGAAAUUAGUGGUUAAACCCGAUCAGCUGAUCAAGCGACGUGGAAAACUUGGCUUGAUUAAGGCAGGGGUGGAUCUACAGGGAGUGAAGGAAUGGCUGAAGAACAAACUGGGCAAGGAGUUUGAGAUCGGAGCAGCGAAAGGAAAGCUGAGAAACUUUGUCAUUGAACCAUUCAUAAAACAUGAUCAGAGUGAAGAAUUUUACCUGUGUAUAUUUUCAUCCAGACAUUGUGAUACAGUACUCUUUCAUCAUGAAGGGGGGAUAGACAUUGGUGAUGUCGAUUCAAAGGCAGUAAAACUAGACAUUCCAGUCCUGGGGGAACUUUCAGAAUCGGACAUAAAAUCCAAACUUCUGUCUAAAGCUCCAGUGACAGCACAAGAACACCUGACAAAGUUCAUCAAGGCCCUCUACACUGUGUACAGAAACUUACAUUUUACCUACCUAGAAAUCAAUCCAUUAGUAUUCACGGGGGAAAGAAUCUACAUUUUGGACCUGGCAGCUAAGAUUGACCAGUGUGCGGAGUACCUCUGUAAAUCCUCGUGGGGAGAUCUAGAAUUUCCCCCGCCAUUUGGCAGAGAUGCUCUCCCUGAAGAAGCGUAUAUUGCUGAGCUAGAUGCAAAGAGUGGGGCAUCUCUAAAACUGACCAUUCUGAAUAAAUCGGGCCGGAUCUGGACCAUGGUGGCAGGGGGCGGAGCAUCUGUCAUCUAUGCAGACACAAUUUGUGACCUGGGCGGAGCCAAGGAGCUGGCAAAUUAUGGAGAAUACUCGGGAGCACCCAGUGAGCAGCAGACGUACGAGUAUGCGAAGACAGUCCUGUCUCUGAUGACCUCCGAAAUCCACCCGGACGGAAAAAUCCUCAUCAUAGGAGGGGGCAUUGCAAACUUCACAAAUGUGGCAGCCACAUUUAAGGGGAUUGUUAGAGCCCUGAGAGAAUAUCAGCAGAAGUUGAUUGAAAACAAUGUUAGUGUAUAUGUCAGAAGAGCAGGGCCUAACUACCAGGAGGGGCUCAGAAUCAUGAGGGAACUAGGAAACACCCUGGGUAUUUCCAUCCAUGUAUUUGGUCCUGAGACCCACAUGACAGCCAUUGUCAGCAUGGCCCUGGGGAAGAGGGAUAUUCCACUGACGCCACGCCCCAUGAAUACAACAGCCAACUUCCUGUUACCAACUGGAGGGACCUCUUCAUUUUAUCGCCAGAAAGGAGGUUCUUUAGUGGACUCUCCUUCCACUAGCAGAAGAGGAUCAGUAAAUGAACCGUCAUCAAAAGCCGAGGUCAAGGUUCCCGUCACAAGUCAAGGUCAGCAGGCCUCAUCCAAAUCUUCGCGGACACAGACAUUAUUUACAGAGAAGACGCAGUGCAUUAUUUGGGGCAUGCAACAGAGAGCGGUGCAGGGAAUGCUAGACUUCGAUUACGUCUGCUCGCGUCGAGAUCCAUCAGUGGUGGCCAUGAUAUAUCCAUUUACAGGGGACCACAAGCAGAAGUUUUAUUGGGGGCAUAAAGAAAUUCUUGUUCCAGUGUACAAGAACAUGGCUGAUGCUAUGAAGAAGCAUCCCCAAGCAGACGUUUUGAUCAGCUUUGCUUCUCUGAGGUCCGCAUUUGAGAGCACCAUGGAGACCCUGACCUAUCCACAGAUUCGCACCAUUGCCAUCAUUGCUGAAGGUAUUCCAGAAAAUUUAACAAGACAGAUCGUAAAAGAAGCUGAUGAGAAAGGUGUGUUCAUCAUUGGACCUGCCACUGUGGGAGGAGUGAAGCCUGGUUGUUUCAAGAUUGGGAACACCGGAGGGAUGUUGGACAACAUCCUGGCAUCUAAGCUCUUCAGGCCGGGGAGUGUGGCAUAUGUAUCAAGAUCAGGAGGCAUGUCCAAUGAAUUAAACAACAUCAUCUCCCUGAACGCUAAUGGUGUGUAUGAGGGUGUUGCUAUAGGGGGCGACAGAUACCCAGGCACAACAUUCAUGGACCACAUACUGAGAUAUCAAGAUGAACCCAGCGUCAAAAUGAUUGUCUUAUUAGGGGAGGUUGGUGGUACUGAGGAAUAUCACCUUGUGAACGCGAUGAAGAGUGGGCGGGUCAACAAACCUUUGGUAGCCUGGUGUAUAGGAACCUGUGCUAAGAUGUUCACAUCAGAUGUUCAGUUUGGCCAUGCAGGUGCUUGUGCCAAUGCAGAGGCAGAGACAGCAUCAGCGAAAAACAAGGCACUUUCAGAUGCCAAGGCCUAUGUUCCAAAAAGUUUUGAUGAACUUGGCACACUCAUUAAAGAGGUUUAUGACAAGCUGCUAGAGAAUGGAACCAUUGUACUGGAGCCUGAACAGCCCCCACCCACAGUCCCCAUGGACUUCACAUGGGCAAGGGAGCUUGGGUUGAUUAGGAAACCUGCUUCGUUUAUGACCAGCAUCUGUGAUGAGAGAGGUCAGGAACUGUUGUAUGCUGGGAUACCAAUCACGGACAUAUUCAAAGAAGACAUGGGGAUUGGAGGAGUGCUGAGCUUGCUGUGGUUCCAGAGAAGGUUACCGAAGUAUGCCACCAAGUUCAUUGAGAUGUGUCUGAUGGUGACAGCUGACCAUGGUCCAGCGGUAUCCGGGGCACACAACACCAUUGUGUGUGCCCGGGCGGGCAAAGAUCUGGUUUCCUGCCUGGCUUCUGGCCUUCUUACCAUUGGAGACAGAUUUGGUGGUGCUUUGGAUGCAGCAGCCAAACAGUUUUCUGACGCCUACACCAGUGAUAUGAUACCAAUGGAGUUUGUCAACUCGAUGAGAAAAGAGGGAAAACUAAUCAUGGGAAUAGGUCACAGGGUCAAAUCUAUAAAUAAUCCAGAUAUGAGAGUUGUGAUAUUAAAAGAGUAUGCCAAGAAGAAUUUCCCAGCAACUCCACUGUUAGACUAUGCCAUAGAGGUAGAAAAAAUAACAACAUCCAAGAAACCCAACCUAAUCUUGAAUGUGGAUGGAUUUAUUGGUGUGGCUUUUGUGGAUCUGUUGAACAAUUGUGGCUGUUUCACAGGGGAGGAGGCCAGGGAAUUGAUAGAUGUAGGGGCCCUCAAUGGGUUAUUUGUUCUUGGUCGUAGUAUGGGAUUCAUUGGUCAUUUCCUGGACCAGAAGCGUCUGAAGCAAGGCCUGUACAGGCAUCCAUGGGACGAUAUCUCCUAUGUAAUGCCAGAAACCAUGGGUCUGAUGGGGGAUGAGACGGAUAAAAUCUAAAGCUGACGGAGACAAUCAAAGGGAGACUACUGUGCAAGGCUGGCCUUGAACGAUCCAGGGUUGGUUGAUCUCAAAUGCGGGACAAAUAUCCAGUAGAAUUUAGUUGAAAUCUGUGGGAAAAUAUAGUUGUAAUGCUGAAAUAUUGUGAAAUAGAAUUCACAGAUAAGCUUAGUUUGCAGUGAUGGGGGCAGCACCACACUUACAAUAUGUACACAAGUCUGUAGACAGGAAAGUUUUAUUGUGGUUCCGUGGUAGAUAGUUUUGUUUAAUGUGAAUUAGACAAAUGUGAAUUGAAUAAUCUGUUGAUGUGCAAUAGAAGUUCUCGCCAGUACAUAGGUGUUUUAACAUGCUGCUUCUUAUGCAAUAAUAAUGUGAUGAUUGUAUGUUGAUUAAAGUAUUUCAAACAUGUAUCGUGAAUAUAUGAAUUUAUUUAUAGUACCAUUAUUGGUAUUGUACUGUGGCCAUAUUUAUACAUGUAUACAUUUCCUUUUGUAUGUUUGAUCAUGUUGAGUAUGUGUACAUGGGGACAUGUAUGUACACGUAGGUGUUUACACGUGUGUGUACUUAUAUAGAGUAUAAUAGAAUCCUUCAUUAGUACGAGUGUGAGAUAGGGAAAUUCCACCGAGGUGACAAGAUUCGCAGUCUUGGACGAGGCUUUGCCGAGUCCUAGACAGCAAAUCUUGUUCCAGAGGUGGAAUUUCCCUAUCCCACACGAGUAAAUAAUGAAGGAUUAUUUUUCUCACAUUUUAAAUACAGUUUAGUGCAUAAAAUUAGGAGCUUUCAGAAAAUUUUAGAUUAUCAAAAUCCUCAUCUGAACUUCGAUGCAAAAACUAAUUAAAUAGGCAGAAAGAGCAUACCCGAAAAUGGUUUACACUGUAAGUGUAAACUAAAAAACCGAAGGUUGUCCACCAGAAAGCUAUACUACAUUAAAAUUUAAAGAUAACAAUGCAAAAUAUUUUUACUUCACUGUGUAACGUAAAUCUUCACCGUGUAACGUAAAUCAUAGAAAAUAUAUGACGUCACAAUCAAAUGACGUCGCAGCAGUGUGAGACAGAAAAAUCUCACAUGGCUGUCUCACAUGGGUAAAGUCGAUCUCACACUGGUGAUAAUGUGAGAAUAAUGUGUCUUGUUAGUUGUUCUCUGGUGGUAAUCCUUGUUUAAAGUGUAGAGUAAUUUAUUGUAUUACUUUCAUUAAUAUUGUCUCAUAUAAUCCAAUUAUUUUUAUAAAUAAAGUACUUGAUGUUAAUAUUGCAUUCAAUAUUUAGCCUACAUUUGACAUGAACAUGAAAAUUGGUUGUUUUCAUUAGAGGCAUUUAUAUAGUAUUUUUUUCAUUUUCCAUGACAAUAUGAAUUGCAAAAUCUAAAAGUUGUAAUUAAUUUUUGCUAAAGUUUGUCUAAAAUUUACACAGUAAAUUCUGUUGUAUGUUGUUACAUGUACUUGUGUUUGUAUGGAUUCAGAAUCUCUGGUGUCCAGUAUUUUUUAUUGAUUUAUUUUUUCGAUGGAGUAUAAUAUUCAUGGAUUUCAAAUCUUUUGGAAUUUCAUGAAAAUCAUCGUCGUUUUAAAGGCUGAUCAUAGAAUGAAAAAAGGAGUGGCAUUUAAAUGGGAAAUCCCAUUCUGCUAUUUCAGAAGUCUCGUAUAAUUGAAUUCAAGUAUUAUCAAUCUUGGGACCUUUUUACUAACCAGUUUACUGAUACAGGUCCCUACAGAUUAAACAUAUCUGUAUACCACAUGUAUAAUUGUCUUAAUUUUGAUUUAUUAUUGAGUUUAUACAUAUCAUAAUAUUUUGCUUAAGCAUUAGAAUAAAGUAAUUUGAACAACUAA